AGCCGUCCCCGACGCCACCUCCCGUCUCCUCCGCCGCAGUUUCCUCCGCCGCUGUCGGGGGUGCAGAGCUGAGGGGCUCGGGCAGGCACGCCGCGCAGCUCCUCUCCCGUCGCCUGCCUCGCUGUCCUCCGCGCCGAGGGCUCGACCGGGCGCCCCUCGUCCGCCGCGCCGGGUCUCCUCGGCGCAGCGCCGGGGCCUGCGCUGCCUGCGGCCGGCUGGCAGCGGAGACGACGCACACUCGCGGCGGGGCCGGAGGCUCGCAGCCCCUCGGGCGGGCUCUGCGAGGCCCGGCCGCGUGCGGCGGUUUCUGGGGGAGGGGGCUCGGGUGAUUCAGCGCCCGGUCAGGCGGAAGCGGCCGCCGCCGCCGCGGAGGAGGAGGAGGAGAAAAAGGAGGGGACAGCUGUCCGCGCCCGGGCGCCCGCGGUGGCACGAGCCCGCGGCCCGAGUGCGAGGCGGAGGCGAGGAGGCCGCGGGGACGCGAGGCGAGGCCGGCCGGAGCCCCCGCAGCCAUGGAGAACGCUCACACAAAGACCGUGGAGGAGGUGCUGGGCCACUUCGGCGUCAACGAGAGCACCGGGCUGAGCUUGGAGCAGGUCAAGAAGCUCAAGGAGAGAUGGGGCUCCAACGAAUUACCGGCUGAAGAAGGAAAAACCUUGCUGGAACUUGUGAUUGAGCAGUUUGAAGACUUACUAGUUAGAAUUUUAUUGCUGGCAGCAUGUAUAUCUUUCGUUUUGGCUUGGUUCGAAGAAGGUGAAGAAACGAUUACAGCCUUUGUAGAACCUUUUGUAAUUCUGCUUAUAUUGGUAGCCAAUGCAAUUGUGGGCGUAUGGCAGGAAAGAAAUGCUGAAAAUGCAAUAGAAGCUCUUAAGGAAUAUGAGCCUGAAAUGGGCAAAGUCUAUCGACAGGACAGAAAGAGUGUGCAGCGAAUUAAAGCUAAAGACAUAGUUCCUGGGGAUAUAGUGGAAAUCGCUGUUGGUGACAAGGUUCCUGCUGAUAUUAGAUUGACAUCCAUCAAGUCUACAACUCUAAGAGUUGACCAGUCAAUUCUUACAGGUGAAUCUGUUUCAGUCAUCAAACAUACUGACCCCGUCCCUGACCCACGAGCUGUUAAUCAAGACAAAAAGAACAUGCUCUUUUCUGGCACAAACAUUGCUGCUGGGAAGGCCAUGGGAGUGGUGGUGGCUACUGGAGUUAACACUGAGAUCGGCAAGAUCCGAGAUGAGAUGGCAGCCACGGAACAGGAGAGGACGCCCCUGCAGCAGAAGCUCGAUGAGUUUGGGGAGCAGCUUUCCAAAGUCAUCUCCCUCAUUUGCAUAGCGGUCUGGAUCAUCAACAUCGGGCACUUCAAUGACCCGGUUCACGGUGGCUCUUGGAUCAGAGGUGCCAUCUACUACUUUAAGAUUGCAGUGGCCCUGGCUGUUGCUGCCAUCCCUGAGGGGCUCCCUGCUGUCAUCACCACCUGCUUGGCUCUUGGAACUCGCAGGAUGGCAAAGAAAAAUGCCAUUGUUCGAAGUCUGCCUUCUGUGGAGACCCUUGGCUGUACUUCUGUGAUCUGCUCAGAUAAGACAGGCACACUUACCACAAACCAGAUGUCCGUCUGCAGGAUGUUCAUUCUGGACAAAGUGGAAGGUGAUACCUGUUCCCUUAAUGAGUUUACCAUAACUGGAUCCACAUAUGCACCGAUUGGGGAAGUGCAAAAGGAUGAUAAGCCAGUGAAGUGCCAUCAGUAUGAUGGGCUGGUGGAGUUAGCCACGAUCUGCGCUCUGUGUAACGACUCUGCUUUGGAUUAUAACGAGGCAAAGGGUGUGUAUGAAAAAGUUGGAGAAGCGACGGAGACUGCUCUCACGUGCCUGGUAGAGAAGAUGAAUGUAUUUGAUACUGAACUGAAGGGACUUUCUAAAAUAGAACGUGCCAAUGCUUGCAACUCGGUCAUAAAACAGCUGAUGAAGAAGGAAUUCACUCUAGAGUUUUCACGUGAUAGAAAAUCAAUGUCCGUCUAUUGUACACCAAAUAAACCGAGCCGCACAUCCAUGAGCAAGAUGUUUGUGAAGGGCGCUCCUGAAGGGGUCAUCGACAGGUGCACCCACAUCCGAGUUGGAAGUACUAAGGUCCCCAUGACUCCUGGUGUCAAACAGAAGAUUAUGUCUGUCAUUCGGGAGUGGGGCAGUGGCAGUGACACACUGCGGUGCCUGGCUUUGGCCACUCAUGACAACCCACUGAGGAGAGAGGAGAUGCACCUGGAAGAUUCUGCUAACUUCAUCAAAUACGAGACCAAUCUGACCUUCGUCGGCUGUGUGGGCAUGCUGGAUCCUCCCAGGAUUGAAGUAGCCUCCUCCGUGAAGCUGUGCCGGCAAGCAGGCAUCCGGGUCAUCAUGAUCACUGGGGAUAACAAAGGCACUGCCGUAGCCAUCUGUCGCCGCAUCGGCAUCUUUGGGCAGGAUGAGGAUGUGACGUCAAAGGCUUUUACAGGGCGAGAGUUUGAUGAAUUAAGCCCUUCAGCCCAGAGAGAUGCCUGCUUAAAUGCCCGCUGUUUUGCUCGAGUUGAACCUUCGCACAAGUCUAAGAUUGUAGAGUUCCUUCAGUCCUUUGAUGAGAUCACAGCUAUGACUGGUGAUGGUGUGAAUGAUGCCCCUGCUCUGAAGAAAGCUGAGAUCGGCAUUGCCAUGGGUUCAGGAACUGCGGUGGCCAAGACUGCCUCUGAGAUGGUGCUGGCCGAUGACAACUUCUCCACCAUCGUGGCUGCCGUGGAGGAGGGCAGGGCUAUCUACAACAACAUGAAGCAGUUCAUCCGCUACCUCAUCUCCUCCAACGUGGGCGAGGUGGUCUGUAUCUUCCUGACAGCAGCCCUUGGGUUUCCUGAGGCUUUAAUUCCUGUCCAGUUACUCUGGGUCAAUCUGGUGACAGAUGGUCUGCCUGCCACAGCGCUGGGGUUCAAUCCUCCAGACCUGGACAUCAUGAACAAACCCCCCCGAAACCCAAAAGAACCGCUGAUCAGCGGGUGGCUCUUUUUCCGUUACCUGGCUAUUGGCUGUUAUGUUGGCGCUGCCACUGUGGGUGCUGCUGCAUGGUGGUUCAUCGCUGCCGACGGGGGUCCAAGAGUCUCCUUCUACCAGCUGAGUCAUUUCCUACAGUGUAAAGAGGACAACCCAGACUUCGAUGGAGUGGAUUGUGCAAUCUUUGAGUCCCCGUAUCCAAUGACAAUGGCACUUUCUGUCCUAGUAACCAUAGAGAUGUGUAAUGCCCUCAACAGCUUGUCUGAAAACCAGUCUUUGCUGAGGAUGCCCCCCUGGGAGAACAUCUGGCUCGUGGGCUCCAUCUGCUUGUCCAUGUCACUUCACUUCUUGAUCCUCUAUGUGGAACCUUUGCCACUCAUUUUCCAGAUUACCCCGCUGAACCUGACCCAGUGGCUGAUGGUGCUGAAAAUCUCCUUGCCUGUGAUCCUCAUGGACGAGACGCUCAAGUUUGUGGCCCGAAACUACCUGGAACCCGGUAAAGAGUGUGUGCAGCCUGCCACCAAAUCCUCCUGCUCCCUGUCGGCAUGCACCGAUGGCAUUUCCUGGCCGUUUGUGCUGCUCAUUACGCCCCUCGUGGUCUGGGUCUACAGCACAGACACUAACUUUAGCGAUAUGUUCUGGUCUUGACUGACAGCGCUACAUACAGAAGAUGUUUAACUUAAUCAAUUAAUUUUUUAUUGUUUAAAGCAACUGUCUAUUUCUGCUGAAUUUUCACAUGAACAUAUUGGCUGGUGAAGGAGGUUUCAUAUCUAGAUUUUGUUUUGCUUUUUCUGACUCCAGUGGGACAAGAUUUUCCUUUUUUAUACACAUAAUUAAAGUGUCCAUUGACAUGUACAGAGAACUAACACUAUUUUAUGCAGAUAUUUUUUUGUAGAUGAAAAAGCAUGUACAGUGUUCUGUUUAAUACUCAUACUUGUACAAAGAUAGUUGAGCCAGCAGACAUUGUCAGCAAAUUAAUUGGCAGCAGACUUAGGAAAUGAAUGUGUGUGGUUUUUAAAAGAAAAAAACUAAAUAGCAUGUAUUGUGUCUUUUGCAUGAUUCUCUGGAUUUAAUUUGGUAUCACAGUCUAAUUUUUAUUCAUAAGCCAAUUUUUCUGCACUGAGCAGAGUCCUGCUACCUCAGUCAGUAUUUUUGGUUUGCCACUUCCUGCACCCUCAGCCUCUGUCACCCCCGCCCGCCCCAGCCCGCUCGGCUUCUGUAGGUCUGAUGGCUCUGUUUACAUCCGUCUUCACGAGGUUUGCCUGUCUCGCUUGUGCAGAAAACAUUGCUCCAGAUUCAAUCGACUGGGUUUCUAUACCUUCGCCUAGUUUUUAAGGUUAUUUAUUUAAAUGUCUAAUGUAUUUUAUUGUAACAGACAUUGUUUGCCAACAUUGCCUAUUCAGUGGCACUUCACAAUCUAGUUUAAAAGAAAAAUAAAACAUUUUAAAUGGACAGAGAAAAAUACCUGUCUUGUUCUUAAUGGCCUUGAACCACCUAUGAUCAGUUCCCAUGGCUGAGCUGCUCAACUCAGAGCCUUAGUUUCCUGUUCCUGAGAAGAAGAAUCCUGUUCUGCUGCAUAGGAGGAUUUUAUUUAUAAUGUAUAGGCACGGUCUGUCAUGUGAUAUACAUUUACUCAAGUUUCUGCUGGCCUGUUGUCUGUAGGUUGGUGUAAGGGCAAGUGUGUGUGUAUGUGUGUGUAUGUUUUGUAAAAUCUGUAAAUAGUACAUGACCAAAUGAACAUAUUGUAUAGAAAUAUUUUUAUUUGAAUAUGGCACUAACCACCACCACGACUGAUGAACGUUUGCGCAUGUUCAAGGUCAGUCUUAACGGCAGUGUGAGUCAUUAACAGUCCUAACUGUGGUGUUUUCCUCCAAUGCCUUCCAACAUCCAUCAACUAACGUGAGUAUCUUCCCUGUGGGACUGGGGUGCUGUGGCCUGUGUACAGAUGGUGCCACCAAAUGACACGGCCCCUGUUGCUAGUGAGCUGCAUGGCUCCUGUGUCCACCAGGCAGCCACUCAUUACACAGGUUACCCUAGUGUAGACCCAGACCAGGACUGUGAUUCCUAUGAGCUGUGGGAAGGAGGGUCUUGUGACCUGGCUGACUCAGACUGAAGGUAGCUGUGUCACUAGUACCAAACUGAGACCAUGUCAUACAUACCAUGUCACAAGGCUUUGGUUUUCACUGGCUGAGAAAGCUAGGAAAGCUAGCUGACCCUGCAUAGGCAAUUUCUGUCAUCCUUCUAGGAUGUGUCUUAACCUUCUGGUGUGCAGAGGCCUGGGGGUGCAAGAGGAAGUACUAGGUUCUAAGGGAACCAGCAGCUUAGAGGCCUCCAGGUGCUGCAGGGAGCAGUGAAUCUCGGAAAGCAGGCAGGUUUUGCCAUUUUUAAUGUGAUGGAGUGGGCCAAACACAAAGGUCCAGCUGAGUUAAAGACAAAGUCAGAAUGAUAGCAUGCUGGGCCCCAGCACCAUGCUGACAGAGGCUGGACCCGUCAGCUGGUCCUGAUGUGGUCCUUAGUUCACUGAUGUCUGCAAAUGAGUGGGCCCCUAAAGGAGACAGUUCUCGCCCCUGAGAGUGCUGUGUUGCCCAGUGUCCAGAGAUUAUUGAGACCUGUUCAACACCAGCAGAUAGAAUAGACUAGAUUACUGUUGCCCUGAGCCAGGGCCUCUAUGACCCCUCCAGCCACAAGCAAGGAUGACAAGGCCUUCCCUGGCCCACAUAGACUAAGGCCCACAGCAGAGUCCCAGCCACAGGCUGCCUCCUGCAUGCACUCAGCCCCGCCCUCGCCCGACAUCCUCACUCAGGGAGGGCCAGCAUUUAUUGUGUCAGCAGCGUCCUCAACCCACUGGGGCAGUCUAGCCUGGAAGUGAGCCUGGAGCUUUCCCUGAAUGGCCUCUUCAGCAAAGCUGUAUAAAGGCUCCACUCUCUAGCCCACUCAGCAAAAUUCAGGCGGUGCUUCCCCAGAGAGUUAGCAGGGCUAGAGAAGGCUAGCCACCUCACAGCAACUGCUACCACAGCACCCUCCAAGUAGGGUCUCAGCCCCAAUAACGGCACAGGCCUCAAGACCAUCUGAGACCGCAGCAUUGGCGUGGCCUGCAGAACCCCGUAAGCCAAGAAGCAUGGUUGCCAUCAAGACCAGCCCUGCAGUUGGGAAGCCAUUAAAGCAGAGCUAAGCCUGUAGCCUAGGACUGGCUGCCAUAGAGACCAAUCAGGGAGGGAGCAGGAAGGUCGUCCCUCCCCUGGCGCCAUGCCCUCACCGCUCCACUGCCUCACCUUCUCGCCCUCUGCAUGGCUCUCGGCCUGCGACCUGACUUGCCUUCUGUUUCUGCCUCCUGGAGCUUUGUUAGGCGAUGGGAGGAGGUGGCCUGGGGCAGUCACCAGCCACAGCUUCUAGAUGUGCCCGGGCAGCAAGCGCCUCAGACCUUAGUCAGAAAGGCUGGUUUUGCCUCUAGACCAAAUGCAGUGUUCUUUCUGUCUGUCCUUGUUGUUGUGUCUUGGGAAGUUGUUCUAACAUUGCUCUGUUUCCAAAAGCUGAUUUCCUCUCUCUUUCCUUUUCAGCAAUACUGGAGUAACCGCUUCCUAAAGCAUUUGCAGAAAUGUAAGGGUGUUCGGGUGCGUGCAUGUGCGUUGUUAGCCACACAUCUACCAGCCCUCUGCAUGACUGAGGUUGGGGAAAAGAAAAAUAGAAACAGUCCCCAACUCACUGUGUGAUGUAGAGGAAAUGUGUAUUACCAGUGGGGUUUUAGCUGUUCAAUCAAAAUAAUAAACAAUUGUACAAUUUAGCAUAAUGAAUCAGAGAGCCUCUCCAGAGAAGUUGGUUUCUUUGCUGCAAGAAGAAUGAGGUUCUGAAACCUUAUCCAAGAACAGAAGCCAUCAGCCAAGUUUCCACAUUUCUCUGUAAAAUGUCAUAGCCUCUAUGAUAAUUGUAAUAUGAUAAUUGUAAUGCAUGCCUUCAGUUGUAAGUGGCCAGAUUGCUUUAUAGUGACUGAAACAUGCUUUCUAGUUGGCCCUGUACAGUUUGCUUAUUUAUAAAUUCAUUUAAAACACUACAGCUGUUGAAUGGUUACAACAUAGGCCUCCGGCCCUAACUUCGGUUGUUUUUAGGUGUGCAGCCAGCUGUCCCACACUGUAUUAUUGUAACUUAUUUAAUGAAGUGAGAAGCAGUAGACAGAUGUUGGUGCAGUACAAUUAUUGUGUGCAUUUAUUGUAAUAAAGCGCUCAGCGUCAGUUCAGUUCCUCACAGCUCUCACGGUGCAUGUCUGACUAGUCUGUAAAUAGAGGUCAGUUUCUGUGCUGGUAACAGGUAUUGCACAGACAUGAUUUCAGGUAAAUAAAUCUAUUCUAUGAUAAACCCUCA